GGGGCCGGGGUGGCUGGGCGGAGGGCCGGCGGGUGGGGACAGGGCGGCCGCCCUACAGCGCACUCGACUCUGGCCUUGGAGGGCCCGGCCGCCAUGCGGGCCUCGCUCCCAGGUACUAAAUCAUCAUUAGUCAAGAUGUCUUCAGCACCUGAGCCUCCAGCCUUUAAAAAGGAGCCACCCAAGGAAAAAGACCUGGGAAACCCAGGGCUCAGAGGGGUCCGCUCCACAACCUUAUUUCGAGCUGUGAAUCCAGAGCUCUUCAUUAAACCUAACAAACCUGUAAUGGCUUUCGGAUUGAUAACCCUUUCACUUUGUGUGGCUUAUAUCGGUUAUCUACAUGCGACACAGGAGAAUAAGAAGGACCUCUAUGAAGCUAUUGAUAGUGAGGGACACAGUUAUAUGAGGAGGAAAACAUCUAAGUGGGAUUAACAGUGCUGGUUACUGCAGAUGGAGCUUUACUGGGGACUCUGAAAUCUUCAGGUGAAGAUUAGCACCAAACAGUAUCUUGUUUCUUGUUCUAGAAGAUGCUACCGAGGAAGAAGGAUGACGGUUGCAGCCAGGCCACUAUAGUGAAUGUUGUCCUUUCAAAACUGUAGCCAUUAUCGCAUUCUUUUUCCACAGAAAGAGCUGCUCAAUAUUUUUUCUUGACUAAAUCCUCUUGUAAAAGUGCCAUGAGAAUGGAAGUCACUUUUGUGAAUUAAGUUCUAUAUAAUAAAAAGUACCGAUGCUCUUAAAUUUACAUGGUAUUUUUAACAUUUUAAGGGGAAUUGUGCAUUUACAACUGUUGUGAGUGUUUAGUUUGUUUUGCUGUUUGCAAGGACAGUGUUCAUUUUCUACCUGGCAUAGAACCUAUAUUUGUAAAGAAAAAAACAAUUGUAAAUUAUCGUAAAGCCUGCAGUUAAAAACAAAUAGUUUUGACAGAGUCACAGAUGGGUCUUAUGUUUCGAUUUUCCAUUUCAGCUAAUUUUGGUCCAGAAUUUUAAUUGAAAAGAUACUCCCAUUCAACUACUAAAAUAAAGAUUAAAUGAGAGAAUAAUCCAAAGUAAUUGGAGUUUUUCUUUUUUUAAAAAGAAAGUAUGUUAUACUGAGUAUGAUGUUUUUAUUUGACUAUAACCGUUAUCUGUUUUGGCUUUUGUAAAUGUUACAGUGAUAUUAUAAAUGUAGACCAAAUGUUCUUAAAGUUAUUUAAAAACUAGAACUACUCAAUAGAUAAGAAAAGAAGGUCUAGUUUUAAAAUAACCAUAAGAACAUGGGCUUACCUUAUAUAUAUAUACCUUUCUGAUGAGUGUUCUAGACCUGUUUCAUUUCUAGAUAUUUACCGCAUUCUCCAAAUCAUUGGAAUUGGAGCUCAGUAAUAAAUCUCAUCUCUGAAAUUUUGUUUCAUUUAUUAUUAACAAGUAAAAUAAUUGCAUAGGCAGAGUUUAUCAUCAUAAUGUAAUAUUUAAUUUCCAGUGCUUUAUUGUGGUUUUGCAAGAUACAUGAAAAUGUAAUUAUGUCUGAUUUGUAAAUAUUAAAGAGCUUAGCUAAUUAUCUACAUGCAACUAAAUUAAAUCUUUACUACUGAGCCCUAAAUAUUUCUUUGCUAGGUGUCUCUGUAUAGUACACUUAAAGUAGUUUAAAAUGCACUUAGGAGGUAUAAAAUGCCUUUUAAUUUAAAGUAUUAUCUUCUGCUGUUGGUUAUUAAAGAACUAGAGUUCUUCUGUUUUCAACUUACGCAUUUAAUGUCACAUCAUUGUCUUUAGAGUUCUUCUAGUAGUCAGCAAAAUAAGUUGCUAUUUGGUGAGGGAGGUAUUAGUUGGGUGAGCUAUCAGGAGAUAUUGCAGCAAAGAAGGGCAUCCGGAACUGGACGGAGGGCGGCCUUAAGCCAUGUGACGUGUGUGAAUGAACCAGGGUAGCAGUAGAUUCUGCAAGGCACACAGCUGUGAAAAGUAGUGCAAGGGAAGAAUCCCAUUAAAUUUUAGGAGCAAGUAACUGUGAUACUGUAUAUUUACAGGGUGGUUACAAGUUCUGUAGCACAGUCUUUCUGUGUGCAGUGUCAAAGGCUGCCUGGCUGUGUGUUGAUGUUUUCAUUCCUCUAAAGGAAAAUGCCACUUUGACAGAGUCAGUUGUCUAAGGAGGGGAUGCUCAGGGCAAGAUAAUUACAGCCUUUUGUAGUCUGGGUUCAAGUGGUAGGAGGAAUGUUUUCCAGUGCAGGAAUCUGGUUGAGAUUGGGCAAACUCAGUAACAUAAGAGAUUCAGUCUUGAAGCAAGUCUUGGUAAGUGAACCUUUGAUAAGGUGUAAGCGACCUCUUUGCCCAGGGAAGCAAUCUCUUCUGAUAGAAGAGCUAUUUGCCCAGAGGAGCGAGCAGUUCAACUGACAAGUUGAUAAGAAUUUCCUGACAUAAACAGUGAAGUUACUUAUUAUUUUAUACCCUUAUCGGGUGACCAAUCUGUCCCAGUUUGCCAGGCAUCGAGGGGGUUCUUGAGAUGUAGCACUUUCCAUUUUAAAACAAGGACAACAAAUUAGUUAACUCUGAUUUUUAAAACCAAGCUUAGUAAUUUUGAGUGCUUGCUUAAUGAAAGUAAAUUUUCCUCUAAGAUACUUGUGAUAUUUCCCAGUUUUAUUGCCAUGGCACAAAAACAUAUUUAUAGAUAACCUGAAAAAAAAUUAAACUCCCUCCUUUUCUGGCCUAAAAAAUCACUUCUUUUUUUUUUUGGUUUU